AUGAAACUUCUCUCAUUCUGCCACAGUUCUAGAGCCAGCUUCUAUCUACUUGAUUUUAUCAUUUUCUUCAUUACGUUUUAUGUUCACAAGCUGGAAUCAGCCUCUUUCACAGUGACUGGACCUGGUCACCCUGUCACUGCCAUGGUGGGUGAGGACGUUGUGUUACCCUGUCACCUGUCCCCCAGGAUGAGCGCUGAGAACAUGGAGGUGAGAUGGUUCCAAUCUGACUUCACUUCAUUUGUGCAUCUGUAUAAGCAUGGAGAGGAUCGGUAUGAGCAGCAGAUGACAGAAUAUCAUGGAAGGACAGCGCUUUUGAAAGAUGGCAUCCAGGCCGGCAAGGUUUCCUUACAGAUUGCUAAUAUCAGGCCCUCUGACGAAGGGCAAUACCACUGUUUUGUUCAAGAUGGUGUCUUUUAUGAAGAAGCUGUAUUGGAACUGAAGGUAGCAGCUUCAGGCUCUGUACCUCACAUCUCUGUUGAGGGUCACCAAGAUGGAGGGAUCCGAGUGGUGUGCCAGUCGGCCGGAUGGUAUCCAGAGCCCGAUGUGGUGUGGAGAGAUCUCAGUGGGCAGCAUUUAUCUUCAACUGAAACAAAAUCCAAAGAUGAACGUGGGCUCUUUGAAAUAAAAAAUUCUAUCAUUAUAACAGAAAAUUCGAACCAGAAUUUAUCUUGUUCUAUAAGGAACACCAACCUGAAUGAAGAAAAGGAAUUAAUAACUUUUUAUAUGUCAGAUUCCUUUUUUCCAAGAGUCUCUCUGUGGAUUGUGGCUUUGAGUGUGAUCCUGGUGACUUUGUUGGUAUUCCUCAGCAUUACUCUUUUUCUGUUCAAAUUAAGAGGGAAACAUCUUGACACUAUCAGUAAACUUCACAGAGAGCUAGAGUGGAGAAGAUCCCUUAGUGACUCAGUGAAAGUGACUCUGGAUCCAGACUCGGCUCAUCCCCAUCUCAUCCUGUCUGAGGAUCAGAAAAGUGUGAGAUGGGGAGACAGAAAGCAGGAUCUGCCCAACAACCCUGAGAGAUUUGACACUUAUCGCUGCGUUCUGGGCUGUGAGGGAUUCACCACGGGGAGACAUUACUGGGAGGUGGAGGUGGGGGAUGGGGAAUUCUGGGCUGUGGGUGUGGCCAGAGAGUCUGUGAGCAGGAAGGGAAGGAUCAGCCGUAACCCUGAGGGGGGAAUCUGGGCUUUGGAGCGCUGGGUGGAUCGGUACCAAGUGCUCACCUCCCCUGAGACUCCCCUGACCUUGAGCCAGGUCCCUAGCAGGAUCAGGGUUUAUCUGGACUGUGAUCAGGGACAGGUGAAAUUUUUUGAUGCUGGUAAUGAGGCCCCAAUUUUCAAUUUCCCUCCAUCCUCUUUCACUGGGGAGAGAAUGCGCCCCUGGUUCCAGGUGGUGGGAUCCCCAUUCAGAGUUUGUCCCUGA